AUGUCCAACAGGGGUCAUUCCACAGGCAAAAGUGCCACCGGCCCUCGAGCAGUUGUCAAGAAAGGCACGCAAAGCAUAUCAGACAGCAGCAAGAAUGCUACUGAGAAAUCCGUCGUACCUGCUUCUACUCUCCGAGCAUUACAGCUGAGAAAUGGCAAGGGAGGCUCAUUCGGUACCGGUGAAAUCGUCAAGAUCUCAGGCCGCGAAAAGCUUGAAUUGCUUGCUGAGGAUGAGAUGCAAAAGGCAAGGGAUGAGAGGAGAAAUCUUUAUGAAGCAAAUAUGAACAGUUCCAUUAAAGCCCCGUUUCAGCUAGAAACCGCCAUGAGAAUAGCACAGUCUCAGAUGGAUGCAUAUAUUGAUCUCAUCAAUGCCCUUCAUAACCCUGACCUCUGCUAUGACAUCGUCAAUCGUGAAAUAGAAUGUCAUUGUCCACCUAGAAGAGGGUCCGAAGAUCCUGACUAUAUGCUCUCCCCCUCCUUCGUUGCCGAGCAGUUUGGUGUAUGCACACACAAUGCACAUAUGCUAGCAUCAGGCUGGGUCAUCAUAUACGAGAGUUUUCGAAAGCUGCAAGAACUGGGUCUCAGGGACAGAGAAGUUUCCGCGCAGCUAAAGUCCGACGAUAUGAUUCGCAACGUCUAUCAUUCGGCGUACGGGCUACUCAAAGAACUCGUUUCUGCUCUCCAACAGCGACUGCGUUCAAUCGUCCAGAACACUCCACAUUAUUCUCCAUAUUUUAAGAGUAGCAACGAUACACAAGGAUGCCACGAGUUCGAACGCUCAGAGAUCAGGAGGAUGUAUACGUCUUUCCUUGACUCAGCAAUCAUCGAACUUUGCUUUCCUGGUUCAAAGUUUUCACCACAAGCAUUGUAUUUCUGCCUAAAUGCGACUCAGGAGGAGAAUCCGAGGAUUCUCAGGCGAUGCCCACAGCUUAUGUGGGAUGCCGUUGGUGACUUAGCAGAGGCUGUGAGGCUAAUGGACCUCAUGGAGACACCUCUACUAAGUCAGGAUCCCAGCUUCAAAUUCGACGGAGACUCGACGACCUUCAACGAGUUUGUCAGGUGGAAAGAGGCGCAACCGAUCUCAGUCAAGGCAGCUCUCGACUAUUCGAGUUUCGUAAACAUGGUGUUUCCCUUAUCAAACCUGAAGAACAAAGCGACACUCAAUAAGUUGUGGGAUCGGCUCAACGCUAACUACAUACGUGAAUCCGGACAAGGCAUAGACGCGCUCUGGCAGCUAGUCGACGCUCGGUAUCGUAUCUCGCAUUUUUCUACCUUGACUGUUCCUGUGGACGUGUUGUACGGCAAUUCCGAGAGUGGAGGCAAAGCUCUCGUCCGUCAUCCUCGCACGCACAACGGGAAGCGGAAAGCGAAGAGUCCUGAUUUGGACAGUGAUGAUGACUCCACGACAUCUAUGCCAAGUCUCAAAGCUGUUUCGGACUCUGAGGAUGGAUAUCAAGAAUUUGAUCAGACUUCGGACGAAGGAUUAUCGUCUGAUGAAUAUGAUGAGGAUGAAGACCAAGAGUUGAAGCGACAGCAAAGGGAAGCGAUUGAAAGGGCUCUCGAAGAUCCCGACGCGAUUGACUUAUCGAACAAUACGUAUGCUGAAGAAAGACAGAGGAAUCCUCUUUUGUUGCUAUUAGGAAAUCUAAGAGGUCGAUUGUUCCCUUCGACUUCCGUGUUGAGGACAGACGGAGAAACUACUGCUACGAGACCGCCGAAAUUCCCGAGUACCAAGAAGCCUCCAGCGAAAGCAUCGGUACCGUCUAAGAAAGAUGAUGAAAGACUAUCGACAGCUGUCAAAGAGCAGCAGUCGAUGGAGACAAUCGUAGAAGACGCAGAUGACGAAAGUGUCAAGAAGAAGAAAAAACCCAAGAAGAAAAAGAAAAAGAAAUCGACUGUCGAGACAGUUGAGUCAUCUAUUACAGAAACGCCUACAUCACCAAUUUUGGAACCUCCAAAGUCUCCAUCACCUCCCCUCUCACCUCAGUCAGCAGCGCCUCCAUCUCCAACAAUCCCCAAGAACGACAAGAAGACCCGUCAACGAAGUGCCAGUGUGAAAACUCCAUCACUGACGUCUGGCGUAUCUGGCACGACCGGCCUCGCGUCGACUGCUUCUUUACCAUUACCACCACUAGAACAGAAAGCCGAGUCAGCACAUUCGUAUCUACGACAACGAAGCGAAUCAAAGUCUAAAGUCAAGACACGACCCGAACAACAGCCUGUCGAUCUUCCUCCCGACUCCGGUAAGAAGGAGCGUAGAAACCUCUUUGAUAGACUUAGAGGGAAGGAUAGGGAUGUCGUUCCGAAUGAAGAUUUAGAUACAGAAUCAAAGCAGAAACCCAAAGAUAAGGGCGGAGAAAACGCUGCUGACGUAUUUGCACGACUGAAGAAGAAGACUGUGAAAUAUGCACGGAGGCUUAUUGGUGUGAAGGCGCAGGAUAAGAAGGGUGCGUUGAAGUGGGAUCAAUUCUUGCAGGUAAUGCGCGAAUUGGGCUUUGAGUACGAUCCUAGCACUGCAGGCUCUAGUGUCCGGUUUGAUCCUCCGAAUCCGAAUGAUAGAUCUAUCACUUUUCAUAAACCCCAUCCUGAUCCGACGCUAUACCAAUAUAAACUGAAAGAAUAUCGCGCGAAGUUGGAGGCGUAUUAUGGCUGGUCGCCCGAGAAAUUCGAGAAAGCUGUUGAGGGUCUGGGAGGUAUGUCAGAUGACGAAAAGGAUGUAUGA